CGGGCGGCUGGGCGGCUGGGCGGCUGGGCGGGGCGCGCUCAGGCCUCGGCUCCUCACGCGCGGCGAAAGCGGCCCAGACCCCGCGCUGCGGGAAGCCGGGGCGGUGUGUGGCGCGUCGCUGGAGAGCCGAGGGAGGCAGCCGCUGGAGGAGGAGCGGCGGGCACUGAGGGUUCUCUGUCAUUCACAGAAGAAUGGAUCACUUAAGGCUUUGGGGGACCUGGUUAUCACAAUACUCCUGUACCACCAACUGAGAUUUACAUAACAGUUUAUGGCAACAAAUUUCCAUAAUAUAGAACCACUGAAGAAUUAAGAGAAGAUAUUCUUUCAUAAAAAUACUGUCGUAUCAAGUUACUAAAUAAAACUAAAAUGUAUAAUAUUUAAAUUAUUAGACUUGCUGAUAUAAGCAUACAUGUGCAGCAGCUACUGUAUACUGAUAGUUUCCAAACCUCAAAUUUAAAGAUUUCCCUUCAUGGAAAAGUUACUGUAUUUUAUAAGAAGCCACUGAACAUUGUCAUUAAAUAUUUUUCAGCAAAGUAUCAUUUCAAGAAAAUUUUCUUGAAACAUAGUCUAUAAAGUUCCAAGUCCUACCACUAAGUGAAUUUGAUAUUAUGGCAGCAACUUACAGACUGGUAGUCAGCACCGUGAACCAUUACAGCAGUGUGCUGAUAGACCGGCGUUUUGAACAAGCUAUACAUUAUUGCACUGGAACCUGCCACACCUUCACACAUGGAGUAGACUGCAUUGUAGUGCAUCAUAGUGUUUGUGCAGACCUCUUGCAUAUCCCUGUGUCUCAGUUCAAAGAUGUGGAUCUGAACUCUGUGUUUUUGCCCCAUGAAAAUGGGCUCCCAUCAGCUGAAGACUAUCACCAUCAGGCCCUCACAGGCAUACCCAGGGCCAAGAGAGCAUCCACAUCGCAGAAUAACUGCAACUUAAAGGACAUUGCAGGAGAAGCAAUCAGUUUUGCCAGUGGGAAAAUAAAAGAAUUUUCCUUUGAAAGACUCAGAAACUCAAACCAUGCAGCUUACAAAAAAGGAAGGAAAGUUAAAUCUGACUCAUUUAAUAGGAGGUCAGUUGAUUUUGACUUGCUCUGUGGCCAUUAUAACAAUGAUGGGACCUCUCCAUCCUUUGGCUUACUCCGGAGUUCCUCAGUUGAGGAAAAAUCUUUAUCUCAUAGAAAUUCACUUGAUACAAACCUGACUUCCAUGCUUCUUCAGAACUUUUCUGAGGAAGACCUAGUUACUCAGAUUUUGGAAAAACAUAAAAUAGAUAAUUUUUCUCCUGGAACUGACAUAAAAAUGUGCUUGGACAUCUUGCUGAAGUGCUCUGAAGAUUUGAAAAAGUGUACAGACAUCAUAAAACAGUGCAUAAAGAAAAAGUCAGGAGGCAGCAUCAAUGAAGGAAGUGGCAAUGAUGCAAUUUCUAACUCUGAAACUGUCUACAUGAAUGUAAUGACCAGGCUUGCAUACUACCUGCGAAAGUUACCAUUUGAAUUCAUGCAGUCUGGGAAUAAUGAGGCUAUAGAUUUAACAGAACUUGUCAGUAAUAUACCUAACUUACAACUUACUCCAUUCUCCCCAAUAUAUGGGACUGAACAGCCCCCUAAAUAUGAAGAUGUUGUUCACCUCUCAGCCAUUGACUCUGGACCGUUUCAGACGGUUGAAUUGCAAGAUGAUGUACAUAAUUUUAAACAGACAGACACUGUAAAAGCCACUCCAAACAACACAAAUUCCUUGUGUAGCUUGGAGGCAAACAAUCCUGGAACUCUAAAACCUGUGCAGCUUCAAUCACCAUCAUUAACUAUGAAUCCUUUAGAGAAUGUUUCUUCUGGUAACUUAAUGGAAACUCUCUAUAUUGAAGAAGAAUUGGAUGGAAAGAAGCCCUUAUUAGAUAAAGGACAGAAAACAGAGAAUGGACAAGGUCAGGGUCUGCUAAAGGUAAAUGAACAUAAAGAAUUUUCCAACCAUGAUACUUAUCUUAAAAAAUGUCCUGCCUCAGUGCAAAAUGAAAUUGGUAAGAUAUUUGAAAAGCCGACGAUUGUUCAUCCACCUAAAGAAGAAUCUAAAUUAGAAGUUCCUACCAUAGAAGUAAAAGAGCAGAGACACUUUAUGAAUCCUAAUAGUCAAGAGGAGAUAGACAAACUGUUGAUGGAUUUGGAGUCAUUUUCACAGAGGAUGGAGACCUCUCUUGGAGAACCACUUGCCAAGGGUAAAAGCAUCAGUCCUCUAAAUAGUCAUAGUCAUUUGACUGGUCAGAUCCAUGAAGAUCUUGAACCUAAACCUGUAGUCUCUUCACCUUCAGAAAAAGUCUCACCUUCCUGUCUAACAAGGAUUAUUGAAAACAAUGGACACAAAAUAGAGGAAGAGGAUCGAGCCCUCUUACUUCGAAUUCUGGAAAGCAUUGAAGACUUUGCUCAAGAACUAGUUGAAUGCAAGUCAGGCAGAGGAAGCCUAUCACAGGAAAAGGAAAUGAUGCAGAUUCUACAGGAAACCUUGACAACUUCCUCCCAGGACAGUCCAUCAGUCUGUAAAAGCUCUGUUGGUGAGAAAGCCAAAGAUAGUACUUCGGUUGUUUUGAUUCAGCAGACGCCAGAGGUGAUCAAGAUUCAAAAUAAACCAGAAAAGAAACCUGCAACAGCACUUGCAUCUGCUGCCACCCUUCCAAGUAGUCCCCAGCCUGUCUCUCCUACCCCUCAUGUGAAUGAUGUUGUGACUACAGCAUUGUCCAUAAACAUUCCUCAGUUCUACUUCCCUGACGGGCUCCCAGACACCUGCAGCAACCAUGAACAGAUCCUAAGCAGAGUUGAAACCGCUUUCAUGGACAUUGAAGAUCAAAAAGCAGAUAUUUAUGAAAUGGGGAAAGUUGCAAAGGUCUGUGGUUGUCCACUCUAUUGGAAAGCCCCCAUGUUCAGAGCUGCAGGAGGAGAGAAGACUGGAUUUGUGACAGCACAAUCAUUCAUUGCCAUGUGGAAAAAGUUGCUAAAUAACCAUCAUGAUGACGCCUCUAAGUUCAUCUGGCUCCUGGCAAAGCCUAGCUGCAGCUAUCUGGAACAGGAUGAUUUUAUUCCUUUACUUCAGGAUGUGGUAGAUACCCACCCUGGUCUCACCUUCCUGAAAGAUGCUCCAGAAUUUCAUUCCCGCUAUAUCACCACGGUUGUUCAGAGGAUAUUCUACACAGUCAACAGAUCUUGGAGUGGAAAAAUUACUUCAACAGAGAUAAGGAAAAGCAACUUUUUGCAAACUCUGGCCCUUUUGGAGGAAGAGGAAGAUAUAAACCAAAUCACAGAUUACUUCUCUUAUGAACAUUUCUAUGUCAUUUAUUGUAAAUUCUGGGAACUAGAUGGUGACCAUGACCUGUACAUCAGCCAGGCUGAUCUCUCUCGAUACAAUGACCAGGCUUCAUCAAGUAGAAUUAUUGAAAGAAUAUUUUCGGGAGCAGUAACAAGAGGAAAAACAGUACAAAAAGAGGGAAGAAUGAGCUAUGCAGAUUUUGUUUGGUUUUUGAUUUCUGAGGAAGACAAACGGAACCCUACCAGCAUUGAGUAUUGGUUCCGCUGCAUGGAUGUGGAUGGAGACGGUAUACUUUCCAUGUAUGAGCUGGAGUACUUCUACGAAGAGCAGUGUGAACGAAUGGAAGCCAUGGGCAUUGAGCCUUUGCCAUUCCAUGAUCUGUUGUGCCAGAUGCUUGACCUGGUGAAGCCAGCUAGUGAUGGCAAAAUAACUCUACGAGAUCUGAAGAGGUGCAGAAUGGCUCAUAUCUUCUAUGACACUUUCUUUAACCUGGAGAAAUACUUGGACCAUGAACAAAGAGAUCCUUUUGCAGUACAGAAGGAUGCUGAAAAUGAUGGCCCUGAGCCCUCUGACUGGGACAGGUUUGCAGCUGAAGAGUAUGAGGCUCUUGUCACAGAGGAGUCCGCACAAGUGCAGUUCCAGGAAGGCUCCUUUGAAGAUUAUGAAGCAGAUGAACCUGUGUCUCCCUCUGAAUUUGGAAACAAGGGUAAUAAAAUAGUAACUUCAAGCCUUUCAGAGAAAUGUGGAAAGCUUCAGUCAGUGGAUGAAGAGUAGUUGCCAGCAUCUACACAGAAGGAUGGUGUGUAGAGAUGUUCUAGUUUGCACACUGCUUUGUAAAGGUUUUGAUUGCUUGAAGUGCACUAGAAACUGAAAUGCACACAGGAGAACCCUCCAGUGUGCUGCAAACCUCGUGCAGAGCUGUUCCUUGGAAGUACAUACUGUCAUCACUCUCCAGAGUAUGCGGUCCACUCUACACCCCUCAGUGUAAGGAGACUUUCUUGGAAACAAGGCCAAGCACAGUUCUCUGCACAGAAAGAAGCUGCCUCAGUAUUGGCCAGCUUCCCUGGGGUCCCUUCAGGCUCCUACAGAACCUAGAAGAAAACUUGAGUCAAAAAUUCUGGAACUUGGAAAGGGCCCUCUAGAAUUGACUUUGUAAAACCUAGUAACAAAAGCACUGCCAAACAUCUCAGAGACUACUUUUAUGUACUGGAGUUCAGGGACCUUGAACUUACCUGGUUUAAUGUAAUUUCACCAUGACCUGCCAAACUGCUAGUCACUUUACAUUCUCAGGUAUUGUAACCACUAGGCCCUUCCAACUUUGCUGGCAAGCUCGGCAGCCUCUGCAUCUAUCUGACUGUGGGUCUUGUACAAAAUCUCAAGAAAAGUCCUUAACAUUAAAGUAAGUAUAGAAUCUGGCACUCACGAUAGCAUUUGUAGCCAACUAUUGGAUGACUGUUAAUCCACAGGUUAGUUGAUGAUCUUCAUUUCUAGCAGGCCUACUUGAAGACUUCAGGAAUGUGACAUACCAUGGAAACGUCUCACUAUACAUAUUUUCUCCCCUUCUUGAAUACUAGAGUAAGCCAAAAGUAAAAGUAUUCCUUACUUCACAUGGAAAAGAAACUACUACACCAGAUACUCACUCCCCUCAUUAUCAAACUUGGAAGAAAACAAUGAUUCUCACCCACAGUAGAAAACCUUUUCACUGUAGUGGGAAAUUCAAAAUCCUGUAUUUUUCAACAGGCUCCAAUGCAGCCAAAUCCUACAAUGCUUAUUAUCCUUUAUGCUGGAGACAAAAAUACUACAGAAAGGAUGAACAUCUAUAAUCACAGAAUUUUGUUAUCCAUGUCUUUCAAAGACAACUUUUUCCUAUCUCAUUUUGUUUUCAGUCUUUUAAAGGCUUAAAAUAACCUCCCUUUUCUCUCCAUCCUAAUUAUCUUGCUGGUAAAAAGGCCAAGCAUUGAAAUAAUCAAACCUUGGAUGAUGGUAAGCUAAACGUGGAGGAAAAAAAAAUUAAAAUGUAUAUCAACUAAUAGUAGAAGUUAGCAAGCCCAGCAAUUCUGCCUGUCGUGAGAUCCUCCAGCUCUCUGGUUAUUUUUACUUUCAUGACCUCAACUAAUCUCCCACAUAACCACUAUAGAAACUGGUAACUAUUACAACUAAUAGCUCACGAGCUAAUGAAAACAUAACAGUGACUAAAUUUUGAGAAUAUUUUACAAGAAACAUCUAGAUGUGAUGAGUAGUUAAGGCAGGAGAGAGAGUGCACUCUAUACAAUAGCCUCAAUACACUGAUAAAUGUUGCUUACGUUAAUGCUAGCACUCAGACGAAACUGAGGCAAGGAGGAUCAACAGCUCCAAGAUUGAGACCAGCCUCAGCUACACAGUGAAACCCUGUCUUAAAAUUAUGUGAUGUUAUCAUCAAUCCCAUCCAAUCUUUAGCAGGGAGGAAAAAACUUUUUAAUUUCAAAUAAAAAUACAAGAAGGUAAAACUUGGGUUUUUUAAAAGCAAUUUAAAUGAUUUUAUUAGCUAUGUGUUCUAAACUGUUUUGAGACUCACCAAAAAGUACAAUAUAAAAUUCAACUUUAUAAUAUCCCUUAAAGGCCAUGAGCAUAGGUUGAGCAAGCUAGGCCUUACUAGCUACACUAAAAUUGUGUGCAACUUGUACUUUAUCUGUGGUGCUAGGAAUCAAAACCUAGAACCAUCCACAUGCUAAGAACGCAGUCCACCUUCAGCCUUCUUAGCUUAUUUUCUCCCAUCUUUCUCUUACUGAAACUCUCACUUUUACUUCCAUCGAAGCCCAUCAACACCACAAAGUUUGAGAUGGAUUAUUUUAUUUGGGUUACAUGAAUUAUAUUUUCAAGAAUUACCUUAUUCCCAAACUGGAAGUGCCAAGUUGUGACAAUACCCCAGGGACCUUGGAAAAGAUGAAUUAUAAUCGAAAUCACUGGUUUCCAACCUUCCUAAUGCUGCAAUCCUUUAAUACCGUUCCUCAUGUUGUGGUGACCCUCAACCAUAGUUAUUUUUGUUGCUACUUCAUAACUAAUUUUUCAACUGAGUCAUAAAUGUCUGAUGUGACCCCCUAAAGGGUCAUGACCCACAGAUCUAAAUAUUAUAUAAUGAAAGGGUGGUUUCAGCUGGGCAUUUGUAGUGCACAUAUUUAAUCCCACCACUCGGGAGGCAGAUGCAGGCGAAGGUUUGAGGCCAGCCUAAUCUACAAAGCGAGUUCCAGGAAAGGUUCCAAAGCUACAGAGAAACCCUGUCUCAAAAAAAAAAAAAAAAAAAAAAAAAAAAAAAAAAUUAUAGUUCCCUGUAUCCAUCUUACCUGUUACUAUACUGUUCAAAAUGUUUAAGAGAAAAAUACCAAACUUCUAAUUCAGCUAUCAUUUUCUCAGCUUUGAAAGUGUUUGACUAGCUAUGAUGCAUGACUUGUUUUCCCCUUUUCACAAAACAAAAUAAAGUUGUCAAAUGUA